AUGGCUCGGCAUGCCCCGCCCUCGCUCGUGCAGCUGCUCGCCCGCACGCCGCGCACCCGCGCCCGCGCCGGCGAACGCCGUGCCGCGCCCCUGCACGCGCUAGCUGGAGCCGCCGCGUCGCGCCCUCACCCACCCCGGGCGUGCCCCGCGUCGUGCUCGCCGGCUCCCGCCCCCGCGCGUCCGCGAGCUCCUGCUGCCCGCCACGCCCCGGUCUUGCCGCCGAGCCCGCGAGCCCAAGCCCAUGAGCUCCAAGUCGGGGCGACCCGUCCUCGUCCUCGCCUACGCCUGCUCCGCCAUGCCACGGCCUCGUCGGCACGCCUGCUCGCCUCCUCCUCCUCCUGUCACGAACGCGCCGCUGCUGGCCAGCAAGCCCCGCGGCAGCAGCUCCGGCCUGGCGUGGCGGCGCUAGUCAACUCCCCCCGCAGUAGCAGCUCUGGCUUGGCGCGGGCACGGGGCGAGCCCAGCGGCUGCGGCCGUGCAAGCGCAGAGCUCGUUCGACCGCGCGGAAUAAGGUGA